AUGAAACCGUGAAAAGAAUGAAAAACCCUUAUUUCCUGUUUCAAUUGAAAAUUGAAAUCAAACCCUCGUCUUUCUCUCAUCUUCAAUGGGCCGCAUCAAUAGAAGGAAUUAGGAUGGACGACAAUACUCAAUUUUUAGAAAGGCAAUCUAUAGGUUUCACACCUUCUAGCCGUGCAAAGUCUGAUCCUGCAUGGGAAGACUUCUUGUCUAGUCGUGAUAUUGAUGGUAAAGUUUGUUAUGUCUUUAUUGCAACAAUAGCUUUAAAGGUGAGGGGAAUUAAUAGAAUGAAAUAUCAUCUNUUUGUUCCAAGGACUACUCCUGGAUAUUAG